UUAACGUGUCUUCUUCACAAAAAUGUCUUGAGAUCUCUAUCCAUCACAUCACUCUCCAGAGGCUAAUUCACACUCUAUCGUGGGAAAGCAAGAACCUCAUCCCCAUCUGAAUUAUUUUUUUUUUAAACUGACUUGUAAAAGGUGAAGCUAAAUGGCGGUGGCCUUCCGUGGAGGCCGGAACGGCGUCGGAUCAGGACUCCGCAGUUUCUUCUCGUACCGGAUCUUCAUCUCCGCCUUGUUCUCUUUUCUCUUCCUCGCCACCUUCUCCGUCGUCCUCAACUCCUCUCGUCACCAACCUCACCUAGAUCACACAUUGCCGAGGACGUUUCAAUCGGAUCCGUUGAAAACGAGGUUAGAUCUGAUCCACAAGCAAGCCACCGAUCACCUCACGCUUGUGAACGCCUACGCUGCUUACGCUAGGAAGCUCAAGCUCGACGCGUCGAAGCAGCUGAAGCUCUUCGAAGAUCUGGCGGUUAACUUCUCCGAUCUGCAGGCCAAACCUGGAUUGAAGCUCGAAAACGGGAACGCGAUCGAGGAGGAUGCGUUUCGGCAGAUCGAGAAAGAGGUUAAAGAUAAGGUGAAGACGGCGAGGAUGAUGAUCGUUGAGUCUAAAGAGAGUUACGAUACACAGCUCAAGAUCCAGAAGCUCAAGGAUACGAUCUUCGCUGUUCAAGAACAGUUGACGAAAGCUAAGAAAAACGGCGCCGUUGCGAGCUUGAUCUCGGCUAAGUCGGUUCCCAAGAGUCUUAACUGUUUGGCUAUGAGGCUUGUUGGUGAGAGGAUCUCUAACCCUGAGAAGUAUAAGGAUGCUCCGUUUGAUUCGGCUGUUGAGGAUCCGAGUCUUUAUCACUACGCGGUUUUCUCUGAUAAUGUGAUUGCUGUUUCCGUUGUGGUGAGGUCGGUUGUGGUGAACGCUGAGGAGCCGUGGAAGCAUGUGUUUCAUGUGGUGACUGAUAGGAUGAAUCUCGCCGCUAUGAAGGUUUGGUUUAAGAUGCGUCCUUUGGACCGUGGUGCUCGUGUUGAGAUUAAGUCGGUGGAGGAGUUUAAGUUCUUGAACUCUUCGUAUGCGCCGGUCUUGAGGCAGUUAGAGUCUGCUAAGUUGCAGAAGUUUUACUUUGAGAACCAGGCGGAGAACGCGACUAACAUCAAGUUCAAGAACCCGAAGUAUCUCUCGGUGUUGAACCAUCUGAGAUUCUACUUACCGGAGAUGUAUCCGAAGCUGAAUAAGAUCUUGUUCUUGGACGAUGAUGUUGUGGUGCAGAAGGACGUGACUGGCUUGUGGAAGAUUAAUUUAGAUGGGAAGGUGAAUGGAGCUGUUGAGACGUGCUUUGGCUCUUUUCAUCGAUAUGGUCAAUACUUAAACUUCACUCAUCCUCUGAUUAAAGAGAGCUUUAACCCCAAUGCUUGUGCUUGGGCCUUUGGGAUGAAUAUAUUUGAUCUCAAUGCUUGGAGGCGUGAGAAAUGCACUGAUCAAUACCAUUACUGGCAGAACUUGAAUGAAGACAGAAGUCUCUGGAAAUUAGGCACUCUGCCUCCGGGACUGAUGACAUUCUAUUCAAAGACGAAAUCACUGGACAAGUCAUGGCAUGUGCUUGGGUUAGGCUACAACCCAGGAGUGAGCAUGGACGAGAUUAAAAAAGCAGCAGUGAUACAUUACAAUGGAAACAUGAAACCAUGGCUCGACAUUGCUAUGAACCAAUACAAGUCUCUCUGGACUAAAUACGUCGACAACGAAAUGGAGUUUGUGCAGAUGUGCAAUUUUGGUCUUUAAAGAAAGAUAUCGAUGAAGAGGAUAAUUUCAAGACAGAGGAGAUGAUUUCAGGGUGCCCAAAUACAAAGUAAAGAUAAUCUUAUUCAAGAGUUGUGUUAUAAAGUCUUGUGUGCCUUCUUUGAUGGGACCCUUUGGCACAGGAAACAGAGCUUCUCCAGCAGUGUUUCCGCUCAAUACAUUAGGUACUCCAGGUGAUGUGUCCGUAUCACUUCGUUCGUCCGCCGGUCGGUUAUGCUUCUGGAGGUGUUCUCAGACCCAUGGAGUCAGAGCCAUUGCAGAAGAGACACGUAGAUACUCUAUUUUUAUGCACCUCCACAAUUAUCAGAACUGGAUGAUCAGUUGACGUCACUCCCACGCAAUCUGCAGUUGAGAACGUGUAAGAUUCUUGAGAAAGUGUGUAGGAGGGAAGUGAUACAAACAUCCUGUUGUUCAAGAUUCUUACUCUUGGAAGAAGCUCUAGCCAGAGCCGCUUUCAUUGUUAAAGUAGAAAUGAGUGUCAGAUGUUGUAUUAAGGAAUAGUCGACCUGCAAGCAGAACUAAGUAAGCUCCAUAAGAUGUUCUGAAUCAGAACUUCUGAUGCACAAAGUGAAUGCACAGACUCUGUGAUCUUGACGAUCUGGGUAAGUUAGGUGUAGCGAAUCGCAACUGUUGAGUCUGAAAAUCUGAAGUGAUUGUUGAUUCUGUAAGACUAUGUAGCAAAUUUUGAAUAAGCUCGUUGUGGAGUUCAUUCACAGAGUGCUCUCGCUC